AUGGCUGAGAUCAGCCGAUUCUCCGACAGCGACGGUGACGGUGACUGCAUCGUUGACGGCUUUGAGGCCAUGAGCCUCGAGUCGGACUUCGAAACCAGUUCGGACCGCAGCGUGCCCUCUUCGCAGGAGGCACUUGCGGACGACUCUCUCUGGCGCACCACGAUCUGCAAGCACUUCAUCCAGUACUACAACCUCGAGUAUCGACGAGAGUUCCCCGAGCGAUGCGUCCAGGGCGCGACCAACCCUUGGCACGGCAUGCACAGCGACGCCGACCUUGUGGACGAGCUCUUCCACCGCAUCACCUGCUACAUCGACACCCGGCUCCAAGCUCGCUAUGACCACACGCACCGGGACCACCCCGACCGCUUCCGCAUCACCAAGGAGAUCCUCGUCAACUGGAUGGACAUCCUCGUCCAGCGCACGCUCCUCGAAUGCAAGGCCGCCGGGCAUGCAGCUGGUUGCAUCAUCAGCAGCGACCCCUGGUCGGGCGAUUCGAGCCUGUACAAGCGCCUCGACGACUGGAUCGAGCUCAAGGCGGUCGAACAUGCACUGUACGACUGCUCGGUCCCCUGGCGCUGUCACAACUCGCCCGUGGCCGACGACGGACAUCAGACGGUCGACGACAACUACGAGACGGCCGCUUCCGAUCACUCGUCUGACUCGGACGACUCGGACGACUCCGACGACAUCUUCUUCUGA